AUGGGAGAAUCCGACAAAGAAAUUAAAAAUAAAAAGACCAGAAGUGCUGGAAAGAGAAUUAGAGAUAUUAAAAGACUUUUGGAUAAUCAGAAGUUUCAGAUUUCACAGGAAAAGAAGACGGAACUUGAGGAUGAAAUAAAAGCUUUAAAAAAUACCAUUUCUAAGAAUAAAAGCUCGUACAAAAAGAAACUUAAUAAAUACUUACAAUAUAAGAAAAACAAACAAAAGACUAUGAGAUUUGUUGAACUUGUUAAAGUUAAGAGAAAAAUUAAUCAGCUCCAAAAACUUUUGGUUGAAACUCUAAAAAAUAAAGUGAAAGAAUAUGGAAAUCAACAAAUUGAAGAAGAUGAGAAUAAUUCUGGCACUGAAUCAGAAAUUGAGACUAAUGAAGUUGUUAAUAUAAAUAAUCCAAGAUAUUUAUUGGAUUUAACUCUUUCAGAAAAUGACACAUUUAAAGAUAAAGUUUUUAAAAUUAAAUCAGAAAUAGCAAUUUAUAAAAGAUAUGAAGAUUAUAUUAGGUUACUACCAUUUUUUAAAGGAAGGAAAUAUAUUCCUUUAUUUUCAAAUACAGAAUUAGAUGCUGAAACUCUUGAAAGAAGAAACCAAUACAUUAAUGAUAUUCAAGAACUUAAGGAAGAGCUUAGAAGAAAGAAAGUUAAAACUUCAGAAAGUAGUAACUUGUCAAUAAAAGACUCAUUUCUUGUUCAAGAGGGUGAUCUAGAAUAUGUCAAUAAUUUGGACAAACAUUCUAAUACUUUAAAUAGAGAUAUUAAAAAGAUUGAAUAUAGUAUUGGAGGAAAUAAAAAGAGCAAUAAAUCAGACUUUAAAGCAAGAAAGAGCAAUAAUUUCAAAAAAAAUAUGUCUGAAAAGCAGGAAAAUGCUAAAUCAAACUUUAAUAACUAUUUAAAAUCUGAAUCAGAAACUAAAACAAAGGUUAAACCAUCUAACAGUCAUGUUAUUUUUUCAGACUCUGAUUAG